AGCUUUAAAGGAGGGGACGAAUCCUUCAAACUGAGCUGACUUGGCAUUGCAACGUUCCGCUAGCGAAUGCUGGCUUCGGAUGAGCGAACUCCGUAAGUCGGGCCGUACUUGGAAAGCACCAUCCUCCCGUAUGCGCUAACACAAAGCAAAGGAGUUUUGCAUUUCUUUUUUUGGAUCCUACAUCCCAGUGAGGAGGGAGCGUUGUGAGACACAUUGUCAGCAGCACGGGCAGCACAGGGAAGAUGUUGCUGAAAGAGUACAGGAUAUGCAUGCCGCUCACUGUGGAGGAGUACCGCAUUGGGCAGCUUUACAUGAUCAGCAAACACAGCCAUGAGCAGAGCGACCGAGGGGAAGGUGUGGAAGUUGUCCAGAACGAACCUUUUGAGGACCCCUUGCAUGGGCAGGGACAGUUCACAGAAAAACGGGUCUACCUCAACAGUAAACUUCCCAGCUGGGCUCGGGCAGUCGUUCCUAAAAUCUUCUACGUGACCGAGAAGGCGUGGAACUAUUACCCUUAUACAGUCACAGAAUACACAUGCUCAUUCCUUCCCAAGUUCUCCAUUCACAUAGAGACGAAAUACGAGGACAACAAAGGUAGCAAUGAUAACAUCUUUGACUCCGAGUUGAAGGACCAGGAGAGGGAGGUGUGUUUUGUCGACAUCGCUUAUGAUGACAUUCCUGACCGCUACUAUAAGGAAUCAGAGGACUUGCGAUACUUCAAGUCAGAGAAGACAUCGCGGGGCGUGCUUCAGGAAGGAUGGAGGGACACGCAGCAUCCCAUCAUGUGCUCGUACAAACUGGUCACAGUCAAGUUUGAGGUGUGGGGUCUGCAGACGCGUGUGGAACAGUUUGUUCACAAGUUGAUUCGUGAUGUCUUGCUGCUUGGACAUAGGCAGGCCUUUGCUUGGGUGGAUGAAUGGAUUGACAUGACAAUGGAUGAGGUGAGAGAAUUUGAGCGAACAAUCCAGGAGGCCACCAACCAGAAGAUUGGGAUGUUCCCCCCGUCGAUCUCCAUCAGCGAGACCCCCCUAUCCUCCUGUUCCCUCACUGGUCCCGCCAGCGCCCCCUCCACUCCACUGUGCACCGACGCACCCGAUUCCCUCUCGGUCUCCAAGGACAGGCCCCGCAAAAAGUCAGCUCCAGAAACCCUGACACUUCCCGAGCCGUCUCCGAGCGGUGUGCAGCAGGGAUCUGCUACUGGCCCACUUCCUUCUUUGAAUCACCUUCAAUCUUCAACAUCGCCUUCCUCCAGCGCCGAUCCUAUUGAGAUGGGAGAGCAGUAGAUGGACCUUUCUGAAUGUCUUCCCCAUACUUUUGAUCUGUCCCCCCCCCCCCACCCAGAAUCCCAAAUAUUCACUCUUUCGGCAUUCUCAGAUAUGUUUGCACGACAAUGAUUGUUUUUUUUGUGUUUUUUCAAAAGUUUGGACAACAAAUCAAUUCGCCCUUUACACUGAGAUACUAUCAUAGCCACCCUGAAUGGUUUGACCUUCACUUCUGCUUCAGAGCAUUCAUCUUUAAUUUUGUUGUGUAGCGAUUCUUUGAAUUUGCCAUUUCCCUUGUUUUCCUUAGUUGGUGAAAAAAAAAAAAAAUAGAUGCCUUAUACUAGCGCCGCAGAGCCACCAGUUUCCCUUUGUAUUUAGUCACAACACAAACUGCGAGUUCACAUUAGAAAGUCUGCGGUUAUGUUCUUAGGGGCCUAGAGUAUUUCAUAAAGUACACAAAGCAUUACAAGAUCAGUGUUCAUACCUCAGGUCUCCCCUCCUCGACUCACAGAUGUCACUGUAGACUUACUCUACUUACUUGUUGCCAAACAGCCACUUUUUAUAUUACAACACAGCCUAUUCCUUGUAAUGCUGAACCCACGGACUGUUUACAAUCAUAAAAUGUUUGCCUAUACGUAAUAAAGCCAUUAAGUACACUGGCAGUUUUGGCACGACAGUGUUACCAUACCACAACUUGUGGUCAGUAUGUAUGCUUGAAUGGCUCAUGUGCAUACAGUGCUGUAUAAAACUAACUUUAGAAACUCUAGCUUGACCAAACAUAACUAGUGUGUCACUCAAUAGACCUCCAGAAAGGCUGAACUGUUAACAAAAGUUACCCCAAAAAAGUCAUAGGUCAUGUUUGUUUUUAUUCAUCUGUCAAGACACCAAGCUACUUCCUAGAAGACAAUUCCACGAAAUGCCAUAUUGGUGACAAUAAUCUAUCUGCACCUUUAUUCAGUCUCUGCACUAUUUGAUGGGCUCCUUGGCACCAUUGCCCUAAGAAAGUUUUCUUUUUACAUUUUUAUUUUAUUUAUUAAAUUCUGUUAACGUACCACUUUUAAAAAUGGGGGCGGGGGCAUUCUAGAGGAGCUUUUACACACCAUAAUAUAUUCACAGUGAACGGAAGGGUCCCGCGAAGCUCUAUCUAAAGAUGCGGGCAUGUGCAUCAAGCUGACUUGAGUAUGUGCUUUGUUAGCAGAGCAGACACUUUCGCCUCAUAACUGCAUCGAUUUUGUCUGAUGAGUGAUUGAGCAGAGAAUUGUUCUUUAUUGCCAUGUUACCCAACUAGUCAAUAUAUUCUCUCUACCUGGUGAAAAUUAUGAAAGGUUACAAAAAUGUGGCAAGUCCUACUUUUCAACAACUCGAGACAAUAUGAACAUCACACAAUAUUACAGUACAUAAGUAAUGGGGAAUUAUUCAAUUGUUCAAAGUACUUGUAUAUGCUGCAUGGGAUGUUCCUAAUUUAUGUAUACAUGAAGGAUGUUUGUAUAUGCAGUUUUCAGACUGAAUGCCUUUGAUGAUGCAAUUCGAUGAAUGCCUCAAUGCUAUAAUUUUAUAUUCAAUACAUUUUAAGUGAGACGUGAGCAUGAAAGACUACAGGCCUACAAACUACUUCAACUUGGUGCCUCUGCAUGCCUCAACAGCAUUGUCACAUGUAAUCUAACAAACCGUAUAUCAGCACCGGGUUUCUGUUCAGGAAGUACAUGAGAAUUUAGUGGGAAAACAUACAAAAAAAAAAAGCACAAUAUUCGUGAACUGGACUAUUUUGUUUGAAUGCAUCUGCCUUACCAACGGGCAUGCUAGGAUUUUGCCCCAAAAGACUGUUUUGCUGUUGUUUGUGCACUACUUUUAGUAUGGAAUCCUCCUAGAUUCAUAUGUGCAUGGCCUACAGCAUCCCGUGGUGUUGUAGCUGAGCUAGGCAUCAUUAGACAAAUGACAUGCAGUUAUGCCCCAAAUGAUUCUAACCUGUGAAACAUUUGAACUGAAUUUGCAUGUGUUGAAGAUCUGUCUGGAAAUCAAAUGACACAAGAAAGUAUAUUGUUUUCUUCCUUUUGAAAGUAAUUCACAUCUCUCACAAUUUUGACAAUGUUUUUGCAUCAUUCUUAAGGCUCAAGCUAUCUAACAGCAUAAUACAGCACAUUCUAAGCAACUAUACAAUAAAAUCAUUCCAUAUUCCUGCAUUCUAGGAUAUGAAUUAUUUUCAUUAUUUUCUUCUUACCUAUACAGUCUUCUUCCACUUACUUGUGUCUCCUAAAAGAUCACAACAUAUAAAUCUGUUUUAGCUCAGUUUGUCCGUCAUUGUGGGUUUAACUGCAUGUGUCAGGGCUAACUUGUUAUUCAAUUUUUGUUUUUAUUCCGCCGUCCAUUUAGCUGUUACUUUUGAAAUUGACUUCCGGUGUGCGUUUUGCACAGCCCAGUUAUAUUUGUGAAUGGGGCAAUGUGUUCUAUUGCUCUCCUGGUAGUGAUAACAUGAGCAUCCUCUUGUGGUCUUACUUGGCAUAAAAUCUUUAAUAUUCUGUACAGUUCAUCAUUAAUUGUCGUAUUUGUCUUAUCAUCUUUUUGUAAGGAGUACACAGACAACUCUGGUAUUACCAUCUCUCUUGUCAGGGAUACAUUUAAUCUACGAUGGGCUGUUACAAUAAAAAAAAAAAAACACAAUUUCCAACUAUGUAAUAUGGUCUGCUCUGUUUAAAAGAGUAAUGUAAAUGCUGUUCUCAUUGAUUAGUAUAGGAAGUUCCUUGCAUUUGAAUCUGUUCAGGAAUGUUUCAUCGUUGUAACUAAAAAGUCUUAAAAUAGAAAGGUCUUGUUGCGUGAUAUGGUUGGCAGCUUCAUGAAUAUGCUUGUAUCUAAGAAGGAAUUGUUGUUUCAAGUUGAAUACUUUGUAUUGAGUUUUGAUUGAGUAAUGCUGCUGGUGAUAGUGGUGCACUUCAUACAAUAGUACCUUUUGUUUUCACUGCAGGACACAUUUUUGUAGAGUUUGUAAAAGUUUCUUUUUAGUGAGAUGAACACGCUUUAUGAUGACUUCCCCCCCCCCCCCCCUCCCACCCCCUUUUUUUGUGGUUGCACUUGAAGGAUAAAUUCAUUCUGAAGGACCAACUUUUUUUUUUUCUGGUGCACUUUUCAUUUGUGCUUACAUUGACAAUUGGGGCCUGUCCCAAAAAGUAGAAGAUGAAUGAACUACUUUGUGUAUUCUUGUCUGUUUCUGCUUUGUGCAGUACGCCCUAAACAUUUUUCAUCUGAUAGUUGCUGAGUUCUUCCACUUUGACAAUUGUAUCUAUUGUAUUUCGUUGGGUUCUUUAUUGUAAUUAUUGUUUUACUAAGCAGAGCAAGACAAAUAAAAAAAAAAAGUAGUUAAUUGAUGCA